AGUCUGUCAUAUUUGACUGUCUUUUAAUGAGUCACGGAUAUUUUCAAGUCGGUAGUUUCGCAAUUUUAAUUUAAUAAGUUCUCGUCAUUCUAGUGCCGGGUACACAAGUGAGGUGCAUAUUGAAACAACGCGAAUAAAAAAGGCAACAUGAGUCUACAGUGGACAAUAAUUGCAUCAUUUCUAUACGCCGAAAUAGCCUUUGUACUUUUGCUAACUUUGCCGAUUGCAAGUCCUUCGAAAUGGCAGAGGUUCUUCAAAUCCAAAUUUUUGGCUUACAUCAGCGGGCAAGCUUCAAUUUACUUCCUUAUUCUGAUUGGAGUUUUGGUACUUUGCCUCCUAGAUGCAAUUCGGGAAAUGCAAAAGUAUUCAAAUAUGGAAUCGUCAGAUCAUCAACACCUGGACGCCGAAAUGCAAGGUAACAUGCGUUUGUUCCGAGCGCAGAGGAACUUUUACAUUUCUGGAUUCGCGCUAUUCUUGCUUAUUGUCAUUCGUCGUCUUAUCCAAUUGAUAUCCGAAUUGGCGACUGUCCUUGCAACAUCUGAGGCCAACUUCCGUCAAGCGCAAAGCGCUACCGUUGCUGCGAGGUCCCUUCUAGAGCAACAGGGAUCAGGAGACGAGAAGAAUAAGAAGGAAAUAGAGGAUCUAAAGUCUCAGAUAUCUCAACUUGAGAAAGACUUGGCUAAAGAGAAGAAAGAUAAAGAAGCUGUCAAAUCUCAAGCUGAGAGUUUGAACAGAGAAUAUGACCGUCUCGCCGAAGAGCAUAGUAUACUACAGAAGAAAAUAACUGUAGCUAGUGGAGACAAGAAAGAUGAGUAAAACUCGGAAUCAAGAUUAAUAAUAACAUCAGAUAUCUGCUUAAAAGACAUAUUUAACCUUAAGUUAUGUGGUACUUAACAUGUCCAGUACCACCAAAUUGCGUAGCAAGUUUUUUUUCAUGUAAAAAUUGUUGGGGCAUGAAACAUGCUGAUAUUUUGCAAUGAAUAUUUUGUCUUGCAAUUAACCCUUAGAUGUUGUGGAACAAAUUAUAUAAAUUAAAAACAUUUAAGUUUGUA